UCUUUUAUUAUGUAAUCUUAAAUAUUAGAUGUGAGAACGUAAUCUGUUUGGAGGAAUUGAGACCACAAAUACUUUCAAUGUUUAACUAUCCUUCCUCUAUGAGCAAAGGACUGUCAGGUUUUACGGAGCAAAUUCUUGGUCUAGGAUUAAAUAAAUCCGACCAAAUCUCAAACUGGGAUCGGAGACCAUUACGCGAGAGCCAAAUCAUGUACGCGGCACUGGACGCAUUUGUGUGCGUCGCUCUCUACAACCGGUUGGAGACAGUUGCCGCCGAAAACGUGAAAACCGACGAUUUCCACAAGGCUCUUCGAGAUGUUGUCCAGCGUCGGGGAGGAAAGGGGAUUUCUCAGUCCAGUGAGAAGAAAAAUAAGACUAAAAACCCUAUCGGAGGAUAUGGAGUUGCUGGCCGUGGUGUUACUCAACCCCUACUCUCUGAACCUAUACCUCCCUCCCAGCUAAGGGUAGUGUGUGAUACUAUGCUUCAGGGACUCUGUAAGAAACUCAGAGGAUGUGGUGUUGAUGCUGUAGCAUUAGAGAACGGAGAGGAGCAUAUGAACUGUUUACAACUACAGAAAGCUAAGUCCGACGGAAAGGGAACUGUUUACGUGAUAUCUCGAGGUUUACCCGCGGAUAGGAUUGCUAAACAAAUGCCUAGAGGACACUGUCUUAAACUAUACCCGGAGAAAACUGAAGAUCAGAUCAAGGAGGUGUUUAGAUAUUUCAAUGUUAAAGCGAGGGAGGGUGAUCUGUUCUCUAGAUGUGUUCUAUGUAAUGGGGAUGAAUAUCUCAAGGUCCCAGGAAACCUACUGCUCAAAAUACUGGUGAACAGGAAGAAUGACCAUGCUCCAGUCCGUGUGCUCCCUGUUAGUGUAGAGGGUGAUAGUGAAGAGGAUAGUGAGGACGAGGACGGAUUUGAUAGCUAUGCAAACUAUGGGUCGGAUAAUGAGGAUAUGGUUUCCAGUCCGUGUCUCCGGGUAUCCUGGGAACUAGUGGAAGGAGGGAAGAUUGACGUAUUCUCGGGAAUCACUGGGACCGGAGUCAAGGUCGGGGUAGAUACUGUACCCCAGGGAGUACUGGAGAAACACUCCGAGUUCUGGGUUUGCUCCUCCUGUGGCAAAGUAUACUGGCAAGGAUCUCACUGGGAGAAAGCUCAGGCUAAAGUUAAAUCUUAUGUUAACGUUGCUCCUAUUCCUAGUCCUCAACCUAAGUCCACUUAAGUCAAAUGGUUCUAAGUCCCCUGACUCCAGAUCUUAAACGCCCUGCAAAUGGCCCUAAAACUCCUGAUUUCUCUAUUUAAACCCCUUUAAAGGCUUUUUAAAUGGUUCUAAAUCCAUUAAAGCAAGAUCUUAUAAUACCUCAAACUGUUUUUUUUAAACUAUACCACCCUAAACGUGAAUAUUUGAUACCACAACCAUAAAACCUAGAGUCUAAACAAACAAUAUUACGGGACAUACGUACUAAGCAGUGAUUCAUUUAAUUUUGAUCCAAAUCCUGGAUCCGCAGCGAAAAUAAUUUGAUCCGGAUCCUGGAUCCGCAGUGAAGAUAAAUGCAUCCGGAUCCAGGCAAUGAACAUUUCUAUAAGAUUUACUGAUUUUCUGAACAAAAGAAGAAUUUUUAAAAAAUAUUUUUUGUUAUUUUUUUCUAAAACUUGAUGAA